AUGGGACCAGUACAGGUAGGAGAAAUGACUUGGGAGGAAUUUAAAACUGAGACCUAUGAAAAGUAUAUUCCCAAGAGCUACAGGAAGAAAAAGGAGGUUGAAUUCUAUCAUCUGAAGCAAGGACGAAUAUCGGUAACAGACUAUGACCGAAUGUUCUGUGAGAUGGCACGGUACGCCCCGGAUCAGGUAGAUACCGAUGCCAAGAUGGCUGAGAAAUUCUAUACUGGUUUGAGACAUGAGAUACGCAUGUCGCUGGCUAGCCACGGAGGACUGUCCUACACUGAGGCUCUGGGACGAGCACUGGACAUAGAGACAGCCAUGCCAGGGGAAAAGACUGCCCCAGCUAUGAACCCUACUCAGUCCCAAGCACCUAGGGACAAGAGAAAGUGGGAAGGACCACAAACUCAAUCUGAUUCAAAAAGGAGAGGAUAUGGACCAAGCAGGCCACAAUAUGGCGGAUACCAAGCUAACCCUGGAUCAUUCAAAGGGAAUGCGGCAGGACCCAGUCCGUGUCCUAUAUGCAACAGGCUGCAUAGCGGCAUCUGCAAGACAGGAGCUGAUACAUGCUUCAAUUGCGGAAGAACUGGGCACUUUGCUAAGAAUUGCCCAAGCAAGAACCCAGGGACGGGAGCAAAACCUCACCCGUCAGCUCAGCGCCCGCAACUGCGCGCAAUGAAUGUCCAGGAUGGAUCAAAUUCACAGCAGAUACCAAGGAAUCAGCAGCAGAGGCCGAAACUCCCAACACAGGCUCGAGCUUAUGCAAUGGGGCAGAAGCAGCCCGAGCUGAACCAGGGAAAUUUGGCAGGCAUGGGUAAGCUUUUCAACACACCCGUUAUGCUUCUGUUUGAUACUGGUGCUUCGCAUUCUUUUAUAUCUGCUCAUUGCGUAACUACUCUGAAACUCGAUACAAAAGAAUCUGAACAUAGGAUGGAAGUAGUUUCCCCAGUAGGAGGACGGAUAGAAAUAUCUCGUACUUGCUCGAACUUAGAAAUCACUCUGGGCGAACUUAAGGUUGUGGAAAACAACCUCAGUGUUAUGAUUAUGUGGGACAUAGAUAUAAUCUUAGGGAUGGACUGGCUGGCUGAAAACCAUGCCACCAUCUUAUGCAAGGAAAGACAAAUUUCCUUUAGAAACCCCGAAGGAGAAACUACUCGCUUUCAUGGAAUCUCCAUGUGA